CGUUAGUCGAGAUAAGAAUUCCUUCAAAGAGGAUUGCUUUGCACUGUUUUAGAACUGAACAUUAGUUGGAGUCUCAAUUCUGUGGAUUUUCUUUGGCCGGUGAAGACGAAAACAGUCUAUUUCAGUAAAAAAUAAAAUGCCGUUGGAACCAAAAAUCUACAAAUCGCCACACGAUAGGGAUCCAAGCCUUUUGCCAGAAUUGGGUAUUGUGGAUUACAUCCUGAAAAGGCUAAAGGAAAACGGCCGAGCCAAAACUGAAGAUGUUUGGAUGGAGGAUGCGCAGACUGGAGUCAAGGUCUAUUUUAAAGACGUCGAACGCGAUUCAAAACGCGUGGCCAGCGCCUUGACCCGACUUGGAUUCAAAAAUAAAGACGCCCUUUAUUUUGUCACCUAUGAAUCGGCCGUCCUAUAUCUCAUCCAUAUAGGAGUCUGGAGAUUGAACGGCGCCGUCCGCGGCGGAUUCCAAAAAGAAACGCCAGAGGAGUACGCGCGACAGAUGAAGGAUUCGAAGGCGCGAUUUGUGUUGGUGGACAAGGAGACGUACCCGCUCGUGCAGAAGUCGGUGGAAAUCAUGCCCUGGCCAGUGAAGAUAAUUUCUUUCGAUGAUGUUGGCAAACCAGAAGUUGCGACUGUUAAAUCUCUCUUGGAGGAUGACGGCUCAGCCAUGCCUGAACAUGUUGAAAUCAACCCGAAAGAAGACAUAGUUUGCAUCCCAAACACAAGCGCCAGUACUGGUCUUGCAAAAGGCGUUUGCCACACGCACUUUAAUUUGAUGGCGCAAGGAUAUGACCCAAAGUCUGUGGACGUCUUUAAGUGUCCCCUCAUGACCCCCAUGAGCAAUUACGCCGUGGGAAGCUACAUGGUCACAUGCAACUCGCUCACCAAUGGCUCGACGGUUUACCACCUCGGCAAAUUCGAGAAGGAAAAGUACUUUGAGCAACUGGCUAAAUUUAAACCUGGAAAUUGUAUAAUGUAUCCGUUUUUGGCAAAUUGGUUCGUUCGGAGCGAGGAGCUGGAAAAAUACGACCUAAGCUUCCUCAAAUUGAUCACCAUCACGGGCUCCGUGCUGGACCCAGCCACCGCCGAAUUGAUUAACGAAAAAUUGCCGAAUUUGCGCAUCGCUCUGUUCUACGGAAUGACGGAGUGCUUCAUAAUAACCAGCACUGAGGUUGACACUACAGAGGAAACGCCGCGCAACAGGAAAAAUCCGGUCAAAGAAAACCAAGGGGAGUUCUGCGUAUCUUCAGGAAAACUGGCACCAUAUGUACAAGCAAAGGUUGUCGAUGUCAGCAGCGGAGAAUUGUUAGGAGCAAACGAGAGAGGCAUAUUUUAUUUCAAAAUGCCCAUGCUCAUGAAAGGCUACCUCAGGGAAGGUCACGAAAAGCCUGUUUUACCAGAAAAUGAGAUAGAAAAUGGAUGGAUCAGAUCAGGAGAUAUUGGGUUUUUUGAUGAGGAAUCUAACAUUUACGUGCUGGAGAGAACUAGCUUCAUAUUUAAAUACUACAUGUUCUUCGUGUCCCCCACUGAGAUUGAAAACACUAUCAAGCUUCACGAGGACGUUUUGGAAGUGGGUGUUGUGGACAUUCCAGACCCAAAGUGCACCAGCGUGGCGCGAGCGUUUGUCCGCCGAAAAGCAAACGCGACCUGCACCGAAGAGGAACUUGUGCAAUUCGUGGCCCAACGUCUGCCGGAACACAAGCAACUGCACGGGGGUGUUCAAUUUGUUGAUAAGUUGCCUGAGAGCAAAGGCAACAAACUGGACAGGUUUGCCCUCAAGAAAUUAGCACUUGAGUGAUUUUUUCUAAAAAAAAGGCAGUGAAUGCCAAGUUUGAGUUCUCGCGUCCUAAUUAUUAAACUUUAAAUUAAAACUUGUAACGUUUAAGUAGUGAAAAGAUCAAGCGUAGUGUUCUUUUGUUCAGUUUUUCUGUGCAGUCAGAAAUAUGUUUUUGAAUCAUUUAAGGUCUUACAAAGGAUUAAAAUAUGUCAAAAAUAGAUAUAGGGUUUUUUUAAUUGAUGGAAUCUGUAAAUGUUUAUAAAGAAUCAAUAAUAAAGCUAUUUCCAUCAAAUAUGUUAAAUCUUAAAUA